GGCAUCAAAACAAUAGAAUGAUUCCGUAGUUUGUUUUGAAAACUGUCAAGUCCUCAUGAACUCUUUCUCCGAGUACUUCAUAAGUUAAUAAAUUAUUAGAUUAAAAAUUAUGAUCAUGGAAAUCGAAAGUAGUGAAACAGUAGUAACUGAACUUAGCGGAAGGAAAAAGAAGAAGUUAUUCGUAAAAUUAAGAACUCAAAUGGAGUUUUAUUUUAGUGAUUCAAAUUUGGCAAAAGACAAAUUUUUAUACAAUCUUAUAAGCCAGGAUGAAGAUGGCUAUGUUGAUUUAGAAGUAUUUAAAUCCUUCAAUAAAAUAAAGGCUUUGUCAGAAGAUAUGCAUGUUUUAGCUGCAUCUUUGUCAAAAUCCUCCAUUCUGGAAUUGAAUGAAAAUAAAUCCAGAGUGAGACGCAGGACAUCAAUUCAAAUGUCCAAGGAUUUUGAUGCCUGCACUCUCUAUGUAGAGGGAUUACCACAUUACGCAGAUCUCAAGUGGAUCAAAAAUGUCUUUGAUCAUUUUGGUACAGUGGAGUAUAUAAAUAUUCCUCGCUUUAAUGUUUCUCACAAAAUAAAAGGUUUUGCAUUUAUAGAGUUUAGCAACCCAGAAAGUGUUAAGAAAGCUUGUCAGUUUUACAAGAACUCAACAGAUUUGGAGAAUGGUUCUAGCAAAAAAGAGAGCUCUGAUUUAAAAGAAAAAGUCUCUGAAGAAGUUAAGCCCACAGCUGAAGUUACAAACAAACGGAAACUUGAAGAUAAUGAGGACAGUGGUGUAACAUUAAAGAAACCAAAGAUAGAUGAAGAAAAUUUAAAAACUCUUGAAAGUGACAUUAAAAACAAACAAGCAGGAGAUGAAAAAAUUAACGAAGAUAAUUCAAGCCAAGACUCUUCUAAAUUACAAGAAAAUAACAUUUCUGCACAAGAGUCUACUGUUGAAGAGCCAUCCAGUAAAUCAAAGAAAAAGAGAUCCCAUUCUAAAAAAAAUCAUAAUCGUCAUGAACGACCUACCUUACGAGUGAUGUCUAAGUCUGAAUGGAAAGCAUACCGUAACAAAUAUUUAGAUUUGCAAAGAACAACAAUGUCUUAUCUAAAAAAGCAAAUUCUUUUAGAAUGCCAAGAGAUGAGAGAACAAGAAACUGAACCUAUACCCAAAAAAGAGUUAAAAUUCCAACCAGGAGUUAUACUAAAAAUCUUAUUAGCAAAUCCCAUUGAAAAUUCAACUGAAAUGAAAGAACAAAUAAAAGCCUGUACAGUUGUUGCUUAUAUUGAUGCACCAAUGGGAAGCGAGGAAGUAUUUAUCCGAUGUAAUGCUAGUGAAGAUGCCAAAUCAAUUAUCCAAGAUAAAAAAUUGCAUCAUCUGGGUAACAUUAUACAACUAUCAGGUAAAGAUGAAGAAGAAUAUUGGAAAAAAAUUGAAAGUGAUAGGGAAGCCAAAUUAAAUAAUCCUGUAGUAAGGAAGCACAGAGGUCGUGAUAAACUUAUUUCCAAAGCAGCAAAACUUGUUCAACAAAGAAACAAACACAUGUAUUUUGAUGAGUGAUGAUUUAUUAUAUGAUUAACUUUUCUGUACAUUAUAAUUGUGAAUAAAAAAUUUUAUUCAAA